AUGUCUAACGCCGGCGUGCCCGACAGUGUCAAGUGUCUGGAUGGAGUCGACUAUGAAGUCGUAAAACACAACGCUCAUUUCGAAUGGGUGACCGAAUACGAGAAUACCAUUAAACGAUUGUCUUCGGAAGUGUUUGACACCCUGGGAGUGCAGGACGAGGGACGCACGCUGGACGUCGCCGUCAAGGGUCUCGACGGGUUCCAAGGAGACCUGAAAUCGUUAAUGGACGCUCUGGUGAAACAGGUCAUCGACAAUUCCAGCGUGGACGACCGGGCCAAAUCCUUCGCCGGCGAAUGGGCUGACGCCGCCAAGUACCACGCCGACCUCAAGUACCAUCACGCGGGCGGCGGUCCGAGCGCUAAGAAAGUACGCUGGGGCUUCGAGUGCGCCAUCAAGUACAUAAUCGUGUGCGCCACCCAUCUGGCAGACAAGGGCGACGUGGACUUCAAAAAGGAAGUUUCCGGCUACGUGAGAGACGUCAUCAUUCAAAGCCUGAUCGAUCGUCUGAACGGCGUCAAGAGCGAACUGGAAGCUCUCCAAAAAACCUCGUAG